UUGAGGACGCUGCGUGCAGUCCUACACAUGGGCCAGGCACUCAAGUAUAGACUGUGGUGGAUGCUUCCCACAGCGACCUUUGCGGGCGUCAUGGAAAUAUUUGGAUGGAGUGCCAGGUUUUGGUCGAGCCAGAGCCCCAAGCUCACACAAGCGUUUCACUGCAGGCUCGUCGGCACUAUCAUAGCACCUACACCACUAGUCGCAGCUAAUUUUAUCGUCCUUGGCAAGACAAUCACCCAAGUUGGACCCCAGUUCAGCCGUCUGACCCCCAAGAUGUAUACCAUCUUGUUUUGCUCCUUUGAUGUUAUUUGCUUGGUCGUACAAGCUUUUGGAGGCGCAUCCCCUGCGCACGCUGUUAAUCAGGGGACAAGUGCUAAGAAGAUGUGUAUAUCAUCCAGUAUUUCGUGUGCUAUAGUGGUCUAUGUCACUUUGGCGGUCGAGUUUCUCUUGCAUUUAAGAAAUAAGGCACCCUUCCGCCACGUUGACAAUCGUAUGUCGGAGAAAGGUCAACGUCCCAUAAAUAAGAACCUGCAACUUAUGAUUUUCGGGGUGGAAUUCUGCAUCUUCAUUCGAUCCGUGUACCGUACUGUAGAGCUCGCCAACGGAUGGACUGGGACAGUGAUUACAACGCAGCGCUACUUCGACUGGCUAGAUGGUGCAUUAGUCACUCUCGCUAUUUACACUCUCAAUGUCAUGCACCCAGGUAUCUAGCUAGAGAGGAAUGGUCCUGUUGCUAAUGCUUCACAGCAAGCUGACGACGAAGGAGUUAGAGACUUCGAUUUUACACUUUAAUUGCCCUUGAGCUUUACAACGAAAUGGCUGGACUGUCACAACUACUAGUAGACAGCGGUCACCAUUGGCAUAAUAUGACUGCGCUUCGUUGGACCUCUCCCGCUCGUUAUGCAUAUACUGCUUCUAUUCAAGUAUCUCCCUACAAGCCCCUGUGAUUGUCGUCACUUCUUGGAUAUUUCUAGUUUUCGCACCGCUUGUCUCCUGCUGUCCCUUCCAAUAAUGUGUUGCAAUUGACGCCGGGC